UGAGGUGGAACCGCAUCCCCGGGCACCGCACACCUCUAUCAUGGAGACGGAGAGCGAGCAGAAUUCCAGCUCUGCCAGCAACGGUGCCAGCUCGGGCAGCAGCUCCCGGCCCCAGAUCGCACAGAUGUCCCUGUACGAGCGGCAGGCGGUGCAGGCGCUGCAGGCUCUGCAGCGGCAGCCCAACGCCGCGCAGUACUUCCACCAGUUCAUGCUGCAGCAGCAGCUGAGCAACGCGCAGCUGCACAGCCUGGCCGCCGUCCAGCAGGCCACGAUCGCUGCCAGCCGCCAGGCCAGCUCCCCGAACCCCAGCACGGUGCAGCCGCAGCAGGCCUCCACCACCCAGGCCUCCAUGAACGUGGCCACCACAUCGGCCGCCCAGCUCAUCAGCCGAUCCCAGAGCGUGAGCUCGCCCAGUGCCACCACCCUGACCCAGUCUGUGCUGCUGGGCAACACCACGUCCCCCCCGCUGAACCAGUCCCAGGCCCAGAUGUACCUGCGGCCACAGCUGGGGAACCUGUUACAGGUAAACCGGACCCUGGGUCGGAAUGUGCCUCUCGCCUCCCAGCUCAUCCUCAUGCCCAACGGGGCUGUGGCCGCCGUGCAGCAGGAGGUGCCGUCCGCCCCCUCCGCCCCGUCGCCCGGAGUCCACGCAGACCCCGACCAGGUGCAGAACUUGGCGGUGAGAGCGCAGCAGGCCUCAGCGCCCGGGGCCCAGAUGCCAGGCCCCGCGCCCAAGGCCGUGGCGCCCGGGGCCUCCGGCAGCCAGACCGAGGCGGACAGCGCGGCCGCCAAGAAGGCCGAGGGCGACGGCGGCGGCCCGCAGAGCGUCGGCGUGAACCUGACCCGCACGGCCACGCCCGCGCCCAGCCAGACCCUCAUCAGCUCCGCCACGUACACGCAGAUCCAGCCGCACUCGCUGAUCCAGCGGCAGCAGCAGAUCCACCUGCAGCAGAAGCAGGUGGUGAUCCAGCAGCAGAUCGCCAUCCACCACCAGCAGCAGUUCCAGCACCGCCAGUCGCAGCUGCUGCACACGGCCACGCACCUGCAGCUGCAGCCGCCGCAGGCCCCGGCCGUGGCCUCCCCGCAGCCCCCGCAGCUGCCC